AUGUCUGACAACGGCGAUAAUGACCCCGUCUACAACAACAGCCACCGUGCCUUCUUGCAAUCUUUCCUAUCUCGCGCAACUCUCACCUUUGAAGAAGCCAGACCCAUUGUUGCUGCCAUUGAGAAAGCUCAAGCACAAGAUGGUCGCCAUAUCCAGCCUGCCGACAUCACAGAACAAGACGUCUCCAACUACAUCAACCUCACCAAUGCCGCCAUCUCUCCCUUCGAUCUCGAGAUCAGACACACCCUCUCUCAGCACGACCGCACCCGCAUCUACGCUCUUGUAAACGUCUCUUCAGAUUCCAUCACUCAACUUGCAACCACACAUACCCCAGACGAAAUCGCCUUUGUGAAGCGCUGUCUCGAUGCCAUGUUUGAGACAAACAACUCUUAUCGCAGCGAGGUCCUUGCUGUAAGAUCUACUGAGGCUCUGAGACUGGCGAAACCACCAACUACCCAAACUCAACAUGACGAACCCACACAAGGUGCUCAGUCUCAAAGCUUGACCAUGAUGCAAGCUCAAAGAAUGCUACAGGCCAUGGUCGACGAGGGCUGGUUUGAGCUUAGCAAGAGAGACUACUAUACCCUGACCCCACGCGCUCUGAUGGAAUUGCGUGGCUGGCUAGUCGAAACAUACAAUGACGACGAGGACGAGAGGAUCAAGAACUGCUCUGCCUGCAAGUCCAUAAUCACCAUGGGAGAAAGAUGCCCCGACCUCGACUGCUCUGGUAGGCUACAUCAGCAUUGCAAGCGCAUGGCUUUCAGAGCACAAAACAACAACGAGCGCUGUCCGGUAUGCAAGAAAGAUUGGACAGAUGCCCCGUCCGUAGGCGAGAAAGCAGCCCUUCAAAACAGGAGGAGUACCAACGGCACCGGUGCUUCGAGAAGACGCUCUGCUACAGCCCAAACCGAUGGUGCAGACGAUUCACCCAACGACUCGACAGGCGAUGAAGGUUGA